AUGGGUCCUAAAUUUGGAGUGAUCAGAAGAUCGGAAUGGGGAGCCGUAGAGCCCAAGGAAGUUAUCCCUCUGAAAUUACCCGUCACAAAAGUAGUAAUUCACCACACAUGUGGAACAAUAUGUCCUGGGAAGAAAAAGUGUUCAGAGGAAAUUAGAAAAUUACAGGAGAAACACAUGAAUGAAAAGGGGCAUGCAGAUAUUAAAUGGAAUUUCCUUGUCGGAGGGGACGGAAGGGUGUACGAAGGUCGAGGUUGGAACGUUCAAGGAGAACACGUCAAAGCCUUUGACCAUGAGACCAUCGGGGUCGCCUUCAUGGGCAAUUUCUGUGAUAACGACCUGCCUCCUGACAUGGCAGAAGCUUUCCGUGCCUUGGUGUACUACGGGGUCCGGUUCGGAUAUCUCAAGGAGGGUCAUGAACUACAGACUAUCCUACACACUGAUCUAGACUUCACCACGUAUUGUCCAGGAUACUACACCAUGGAUCUGUAUUUGGACGAGACUGUACUGGCUGCAAAUGAACACUGGUCCAAAAGAAAUGUCAUAGGCAAACUUUGGGAUAAGCUUGUAGGCUUUGAAAUAUAAUAUAUUUACUUUUUAGUAUG